UCUCUCUCUCUACAAUCCGUAAUGCUGUGAAGUUUCUCCCUCUCUCUCUCUCUAGAAAUCGCUUCAAACACUCGCAUUGUAUAUAUGCAAAACCCUAGGAUCUCUCCGAUCCUCUCCCCGCGAUCGCCGUCGGAGCUCGGCCCCCAGCUUCCAUGAUCUGAGCUGAUUUUCCGUCCGGCUCAUUAUUUGCUUCCGAUUGGGGUUGUUGCUUAGGUUUGCGUUGGAGAAAUGUAUAAGAACCAGCUGCAGGAACUGGCGCAGAGGAGCUGCUUCAACCUGCCGUCGUAUAGUUGCAUCAGAGAAGGCCCGGAUCACGGGCCCCGAUUCAAGGCCACGGUGAACUUCAACGGCGAGACCUUCGAGAGCCCCCAUUACUGCUCCACGCUUCGCCAGGCUGAGCACUCCGCAGCUGAGGUGGCGCUCAAUGCUCUCGCCAACCGUGGACCUUCCAAUUCUCUUGCCGCCAGAAUUUUGGAUGAGACAGGAGUAUACAAGAAUCUCUUGCAAGAGGUUUCUCAAAGAGUAGGAGCAUCAUUGCCGGCAUACACUACAUUCAGAUCAGGCCUAGGACAUCUACCUGUCUUUACAGGUACUGUGGAAUUGGCAGGUGUUAUAUUUAGUGGGGAGCCAGCUAAAAAUAAAAAGCAAGCUGAAAAAAAUGCAGCCAUGGCAGCUUGGUCGUCCCUAAAAUUAUUGGCACAACAAUCUGAGAGUUCAACACCAGAUAAGGGGAGAAAUGAUGAGCAAGAGCAUGUAACUGUAGCACGUGCUUUACAAAAAUUUCUGAUCAAGGCAAAGUUGGCUAGAGUACCGUUUCCUAUAAAUUUUUCCAGUCCUAAUCCAAGACCAUCAAGUACACAUCAAAUUACAACUACAACAUCCAAAAUACUUCCCCUGAUAUGCCCAAGAACGGCUAGUCGCAGUAGACCUGUCAGUCCAGUAUGUUUAAGAACUACCGCUCAAAGUAGACACAUGAAUGCAGCAUUAAAUGAGGCAUCCUUUAGUUCGAGGACGGCUCAACCUGAGAUGUUUCCUGCAGCCAGUGCUGCACCUUACAUUCCUGUUCGGCAUUUUAGCCCCCACCACAGGAUUGCACCUCCGGUGACAAUACGGAAUGCUAUUCCUGUUUUUUCUGCACCACCAAUUCCUCCACCUUCUCAGUCUCCAAGAGUAAUAAGGCCGGCAACACUAGGGGUGGCGCCAUCCGUCUCUAUUAGGCAUGUUGUGCCAGUUUAUGCUGCUCCUCCUCCCCCUGUUCGAGCAGAGGAAUUACCUGUAGUAGAUCGACAACCUCAACAAAAGCAGCCCCCAUCUUCUAAAGCUCCACCAGUUUGUAAUGAAGCACUGAAUCCUAAAGCACCAGAAAUUCAAGUACAUCACCAACCAUCUAAACCGGCAUCAGGCAGAGCAGAUGAACCAUCACUUUCAAGAACUUCACAGAUCCAGCUCGAGGCACCACCUAGUCACCAAGUCUUACCAAAAAAGGUAGAGGAGCCAAUUCUUUCUGAAACUCUGCCACCUCAAGUUGAUUCGCAGCUUCCAAAGAUUUCAACUGACCUGGAGCCAGCUCCUUGCCAGAGUAAUGAACAGACUGCUGUAAUGGACAAGCCCCAGGAGUCUCUGGAAAUCGAGAAUUUCAAACAGCUAAAGAUCUGAUGCCCGCCAGAGGAAUGUCAUGAGCUACAGGCACCUUCAAUGGCCUUUCGUACUGGGUGCCAUCAUAUGUGGCCUUAUUGUAGUGCUUAACCUUUUCCUUUGUUUUUGUUCCAUCAAAUAUUUUGCUUUCUAGUAGAGUUUCAGUAGCUAUUUUCAAAAAGUGACGAAAUGAUUAUGAAAGAGUGAAUUUAGAAAAGUGCAUAUCUGGCUAGUAGGGAGGCUUCUAUCUAUACAGAUGCUUAAGAAAUACGUAGGUGUGAUUUUUU